CCGGAAGGAUACAAACAUCCGAUGGUGAAGAAGAAGGGUCAUCUACAAGAAGACGCCAACGAAAAUGUUUCACUGGAGACACGACGAGAUUCGGGAACUUCUGUCGGUAAGGGCCGACACCGAAAUCGUCAGACAAAUUCAAGGAACGGCAAGAGACUCGGUUGUUUAUGACCAAAUUACGAGCCGGCUACGUGACCGCGGUGUAGUCCGAAACAAGGCGCAGGUGAACAGCAAACUAAAAGCACUCAAAAGGCAGUACCAUCAGGUCGUUGACCGCGAUGGCCAGAGUGGAAACGACCGCAAAACAUGGUGCUAUUUUAGUUUGUGCGAGGCUAUAUGGGGUUCGAGUCACUCAACGAACCCCGAGGCUUUGGUCGGAACCCUGGAGACGGCCUCCACUUUAAGAAGCCCGGAGACGCUUUCCAUGUCGAGUUGCCCCGAAACGCCAUCUACCUCGAGUUUCCCCGAGACGCCAUACAGCGACACUGAAGAAAGGAUUCCAGUCCAUGAAAUUGAUGUGUCGAUAAACGAUUCGGUUUUAAGUACGGAGUCGUUGUGUCGUUCUCCACCUAAGCGGAGGAGGAAGAGGAACCAGACACGCUCGGAAAGAGUAUUUGCAGAGAUGAGGGACCUGUUCAGUGAGAUGGACAAGCAAUUCCACGAGCAAGAACGGCUUCGGUUGUUGGAGCAGCGGGAGUACGAGGAGAGGGUACGGAGGGAGGCGCGGGUGGAGAAGGCGCAGGAGAUGGCACUUCUUCAGGACAUAACUUCUCUACUCCGAGAAAUGGUCCAGCGGAUGCCUGCCACGCAGCCUCAAGCUUCAGCACAGAUUCAAAAUGUGAAGGAGGAAAGUUAAUAAUACAACAUAAAAAAACCUAACUGGGAUAAACUGCUGGGAGAACUAAAAAACGACGACCACUUGGCGUUCCAUAUUUUAAGAUUAAAUUUUGAUUAAUGUGGUUAUUUUUAGGGAACUGUAGGGAAUGAAUGAUGAGUAAAUAAGUACAUUAUCCACAUAUUUAUUCUGUCGUAUUGGUUCUGGUAAUCUAGGGACCCCUAUAAUAUGAUUGGCUGCAGUGUGAACAUUGCAAAUAAGGGUGAUAGUGGGAAGCUCUGUUGAGUGUCUCUUUGGGGUCAUAAUGGAUGUGAAAUGAUCCCCUCUAUAGUGAUGAAUGCAAUAGAUGAUUAAUACAGUAUCUUAAUGUGAUUUAUGGAAUUCUUGCCAAAACUAAGUGAAUGCUAGAAUAAUGCCCAUCUCACUCUGUUGCCUUUUCUGCAACAAGAGACUACAACCCAGUGUGUCAGGGAUGACUUUUUAAAGCUUGUUUUAAAAGCUUAAAGCGUGUGUCUAGCAUAUUAUUUUGACAUCCACAAACUAAAGAUAGGUGUGAACAUAAGAACAUAUGAUGACGAGAACAGGCCAUUCGGCCCAACUA